CCGUGCCUGCACCCCAGGCCCUGGUGCUGGUGCAGGUUUGAAACUGAGGGCUCCCCACGUGAGGUGCUGGAGUUCCCGACUCCUGAAGCGAUGCGCUCGGGUGGCGGGGCCAGGGCCUGCGGCAGGGCCUGCAGGUGCUGGCUGUCGGGGUAUGUGGGUCCCGCAGAUGGGACGCAGCAGCCUGAAGCCUCGGAGCAAGCGUUGGCCCGCGAGGCGUUGGUGGACCUCUGCCGGAAGAGGCACUUUCUCAGCGGGACGCCGCAGCAGCUCAGCACGGCUGCUCUCCUGAGCGGAUGCCACUCGCGCUUUGGACCUUUGGGUGUAGAGUUACGAAAGAACCUAGCCUCACAGUGGUGGUCCUCUAUGGUGGUGUUCCGGGAGCAGGUCUUCGCGGUGGACUCCCUCCACCACGAGCCGGGCUCUUCGCAGCCGGGGGACAGUGCCUUCAGGUUAGUCUCUCCAGAAUGUAUACGCGAAAUCUUGCAAGACAGAGAGCCGAGUAAGGAACAGCUAGUGGCAUUUCUUGAGAACUUAUUAAAAACUUCUGGGAAACUACGGGCGACUCUUCUUCACGGCGCCUUGGAGCACUAUGUUAAUUGCCUGGAUCUGGUAAACAGAAAGCUACCUUAUGGUCUUGCUCAGAUUGGAGUCUGUUUCCAUCCUGUUUCGAACAGCAAGCAGGUACCCAGCAGCCUUACAAGAGUUGGUGAAAAGACCGAAGCUUCCUUGGUAUGGUUUACUCCCACAAGAACUUCGAGCCAGUGGCUUGAUUUCUGGUUGCGUCAUCGGCUUCUGUGGUGGAGGAAGUUUGCUAUGAGUCCCUCCAACUUCAGCAGCGCCGACUGUCAGGAUGAAUUGGGACGCAAGGGAAGCAAACUUUACUACAGCUUCCCCUGGGGAAAAGAGCCAAUAGAAACCCUGUGGAAUCUAGGAGAUCAAGAACUCCUACACAUGUAUCCUGGAAAUAUGUCUACCAUACAGGGUCGAGAUGGGCGGAAAAACGUGGUUCCUUGCGUUCUGUCUGUAAGUGGGGACCUAGACCUGGGCACGCUGGCUUACCUCUACGAUUCCUUCCAGCUGGCAGAGAACUCUUUUGCCAGGAAGAAGAGCCUCCAGAGAAAGGUGCUUAAACUUCACCCUUGUUUAGCCCCUAUUAAGGUCGCUUUGGAUGUGGGGAAAGGCCCAACAGUGGAACUCCGACAGGUUUGUCAAGGGCUACUUAAUGAGCUACUAGAAAAUGGGAUUUCUGUGUGGCCUGGUUAUUCAGAAACUCUGCAUUCCUCAUUAGAGCAACUCCAUUCAAAGUAUGAUGAGAUGAGUAUCCUCUUCACGGUUCUGAUCACUGAGACUACGCUGGAAACCGGGCUAAUCCAGCUGCGAAGCAGAGACACCACCAUGAAGGAAAUGAUGCACAUAUCCAAACUGAGAGACUUCCUGGUCAAGUACCUAGCGUCAGCUGGGAAUGUGUAGGUCUUCAUAGCCUCUAAUAAAUAGUCUCUUGGUUUCAUUAACUUACAUUAAUACAGUUUUGGCCUUUAGUAUUUAUAAAGUAGAUAUUU